CCGGCCCAAGCUUACAGCUAGAUGAAGGAACAAAGCAUAGGCCUCCACUACCCGUGCCAACUGCCUAUUUGUUCCGUGUUUUCAUUUAACAUUUGAAGCUUCAAACCCUGUAAACGAUACCUAACCUUUUCCACAAUCGUCUUUUAUUUUCGUUCCUUGGCUGAGAGACUGCCGACUUUGUCUUGGCUGGGAUUACUUUUGAUUUGUUGACUUUUAUUUUUCGGUCAAAUAUAGAACCGAGAGUGAAGCAUUGACUGCUGCUUCCUCUCUAUUGUUUCAGGUACUACCUCGGUUCUUCCGUUACUUUCCGUUAAUUAGUGAUUAUUUUUCUCUCUUCUAUUUGGUUGCGUCGAUGUUUUGUCUUGUUUUUUCUGGAAUGCAGCUAGAGUGUAGAUAUGUGGUGGCCCUCUUAGAGAUGAUCUGAAAGAAAAUAUUCAAUCCCAGAUCUUCAAGCUAAAGUAGUAGAGUGAGGUUGUUGCAGUUAAGCAAUUGGAUAGAAAUAGACUCUAAGGGACCAGAGGCUACUUGUCUAUUAGUUCAUGCCCUUGGGAUCAUUGGAAGAUCAUCUUCAUGGGUUCAGCUGCAGAAAGUGCUUUCUCGGGGAUUUGAUGAAAGUUCUUGGCCACUCCAAACUAAAACCGGCAGAAAUAGCUCAAGUUCCUGAUGAACAUGUGAAUGAAUUCAAGUUGAUAGGGAAGUUCAAAAUUUUCAAUCCCAACAACUUAUGGGUGAACUUGAAAGCAAUCAAAAGACUUGUACAAGAAAGUGCACUGAAGAUGGAGAUUAUUCCAAAUCCAAAGGAAGUAGAUGGGGUGAAAGUUCUUCAACUUGAAACUGCUACUGGCGCUAAAAUAAGGAUACAUUAA